GUUGGGACGAUUUGAAAGUUGUGCCGCCCGUUCCGCCCGCGGGUCUCGGUCACCGUCCCCGCCGCCUCCUUGAGCCUCUCUCCCCGCCUGGGGCGCGCCCAUGCCGGCCUCACCCCGCACCCCGCGACCCGGGACCCGCUGCAGCUGCCAGGGACAGUUCCCACGGCCGGGGCUCCAGUCCACACAGGUUGUUCAGAGGAAGAUGGGAGGGGUUGAGGGACUGAACAUUCCGAUAUCACAGCCGUGGUACUCCACUGCCAAGAGAAAUGAGCACUUGACCAAUGACCGCCAGAACAGCAGAGACGACGACCUCAACCACGUGAAGAUGGCGCACAAGAACGGCGAGAAGGCUCACGGAUGCUGUUCGUUCAUGUCCGAUGUGUAUCGGGUCGCCCAGAAGGAAGCAAAGAAUGUUAUGCACUUUCCCAAUAGUCAGAGCUGGGAGGCCGUUGUGAGCAGCUCGGGUGCACUACUCCGGUCACAGUGUGACCAGCACUACGCUGGAGCCAAGUUCAGUGAGCCACCAUCACCAAGUGUGUUACCCAGACCACCAAGCCACUGGGUACAUAUUCCCCUGGACCCUUCUGACCACAGUGACAUGGCCUUUCAAUUGAAGACCUUACUUAAAGUGCAAGCAUAGACUGUAGCUCAAAUGUGGGGUUUGUUCAGGGCUGGCAUUCUUGUUUUUAAUUACAUCUUUCAGUAGAGUUUAAAAAUUUCAGCCACACGCUGCCUUUAAUUACCCACCCAGGGUGUUUACUUGCUUAGUGUACAUUGGCCCAGCUUGGUGAGGUUUGGUGCCUUUGUGCAGCUUGGACUUUCUACUGCAUAAGUGAACUUGUUUUCUCAUCCAGCUUUGCCUGCCUUUCCCUCUUCUUCCUUAAAGAGGAAAGAGCUGAGUUCUGUGUCUGAGUCUCCCAUUGCUGGGCAUGUUCCUAUGUGCAAUGAAGUUAGUGUGUCAUCCACUUGGGUCCAAAGUACUGAGGCAGCUUUAAUGUUGCUUCCUUUCCCAAUUGUCCAGCUGCAAUUAACCAACGCAGGUUGUAUGUGUAGCCCAUGUGCUACAUACCUUUCACUACAUCCAUUCUUCAAUGGGAUUUUUGCAACUCUUGAUCAUUGAACUGUUGUCUGUUGGAGGCAGCUUGUACACAGGGCAGGCAACAAGCCACAGACAUAACCUCCAGCAUCAACUCCUUGCAGAGCCCCCUUGUUUUAUUGUUCACUUUUAUUGAGAAAAGUAUUUUUAAUGCUUCCAACCAACCGAGUAAGUGUAUUUAUUGAACAGGCUAUUACUUAAAACUACCCGUUUAGUUGUAUUAACACAGAAAAGUCAUUGAGCUAUCAUGUUGCCUGCCAAUCACUGCUGACCAAAGCAGAUCUUCGUAAAUGAGCAAAUUUGAGCAAAUUUUCAUCUUUCCUCUCCGAAGGCUUUGGUCUUUCAAACAUCUCCUUUGCUUUGAUGCAAACCUGGAAUCCAAAUUUGGUUUUAGAUUUUAUCAUUUGCCAAAAAGAACUCUUGUACAGGGAUAAUGAGUUUAUUACUGUUAAAACCGCUGCCAGUAUACAAGGAUUAAGAAUGUGCAUAUGUAUAUUUUAAAACGGGGUGUCCCUGUUGAUAAAGUAUUUUGGUACGAUAGGUCAGUGUAAACAAUGCCAUCUUUCGUGGCGUGUGUAAACCUAAGAUUAAUUUUCUUUAAAAAAAAAUACAAAUGAAUAAGAAAAAGUUAAGUUGUUCACAACGUGACCUGAAAGCUGCGAUUGCGGGUGUGAAAACGAGCAUUAAAAAAAAAACUAAGUUGCAGAAAUAAUAGCUCAUUUCCUAUUUUAAAAAAAACACAGAAUGAGGUUGCUGUGCCAAACCUGUAUCUGUUAUACAUUAUUUUCAAUGUAGUUACCUGAUCAUAUCUGACUUUGAUAAAAGGAUUACCAAAAGCAAUGGUAGGGAAAAUGUAACACAAGUAUGGAUUCUGUACUGUUAAUGUCAGGAUUGGAAUGAGCCUGGAUUGAUGCCACGAUUUUUGAUCGCACUUGUGCAAUGGUGUACCAUGUUCUUUGUUGAUCUUUUAAACCGUGGAUCAAAGCUGAUUGCUUCAUGUUUCAUCAGAACCGGGCAAAGAUUGCAAAAACAACAUUCAUACACACCAAUGGAGCCCAUUCAUCUCAGAUGUGGCUUGGAUACUUCUUUUGCCUUAAUAUUUAGAAAUUGGGUUUGAUACAAAUUUUCAAUAACACAUUCUGUAAUAAUGACAUUUGAUUCAAUUGUAAUUCAGUGAUCACUCAGAUUUCCCCCAGAAUGUCAUGUUUGCUAUUUGUCCUUUCAUUAUAUAAAGCAGAGACAUUUAUUCAAUAAUGGGCAUUCUGUUGCCUCUCAGUUAAUGCCAGGUAGAGGGCCUACUAUUUGAAUACAAAAUAUCAUAAUUAAAUUGGGUACAAAUGUCCCAAUUCAGCAGCCCAAAAUCCAGAAAAAAGGUCAUGUUUUUUUUAUUUAUAAUCUCCCCUAUUUAGAUUUGAUGGACAAGUUAAAUACAAUAAUGGAAUUAUUCCAAUUACUGUUGAAACCAAAUUAAGUCAAUUAAUUUUAAAUAUGUAUUUAAUUGAAUGGUAGUGUAAUGAUUUAUAUAACAAUAAAGAUUUCCGUUUCUCCCCCAA